AUGUCCUCCUCUACCGAUAGUUGUGCGUCGUCCGACGCCGCCGCCGCCGCAGUCACCGCCGCUCGCUUCCGCCACAUUGUCGAGGGCGGAUGCAGCCGCACCCACGCAUCUGUGCUCCGCGCCGCUCCACUGCCGCUGGCGCCAACACCGCGCCAAUUAUUGCUUCGACACAGGAGCCCCCUGCCGCAGGAGCCCGCGUCGUCGUCGUCGCCGUCGUCGUCGACCGCCGCCGCCAGCGCCGCGCGCCGCGAGAAAGACAAGAGCUCCAAGCGCAAGUCCAACCUGAACCGCUCGCUCAUGUGCGAGGAAGUGCCGGCGCCCUUCGACCUGCUGGUCUUCAGUGACGAGGCCGGGGCGCCGCCCCCCACGCCGCCGCCGCCCGUCACCUUCUCGCCCAACGUGAAGGACGAGCCGUCGGCGGCGCGCUCGUCGCCGUCGCCGUCGUCGGCGUCCCCCGGGGGCGGCGGCGGGUCGUGGCGCCGCCAGGGCAUCCUCAAGAAGCGCGCCAGCCUGGACGAGGCCGAGGUCCUGCGCCAGCGCAGCUGCUCCCCGGACGCCUGCGCUGCCGCCCCCGCCUCCGCCUCCGUCGCCGUCGCCGCGCACGAGUUUAGACCCAUCCUCAAGGCCCAGCAGCGGCGCUCGUCGCUGGAGGAGCUGGUGCGCCGCUCGCGCUCGCCCGACGCGCCGCCGCCGCCCUCCAUCCUCAAACGGCGCUCCCGCGACGGGCCCGCGCCUGCUGCGCGCACUGGACGGCGCCUCUCCACCCCGUCCGCCCGUCCCGCCCCCGCCCCCCGCCGACGCCUCACCUCCCCGCCGGCCGACGAGCGCGGACCGUCUCUCCCGGAGGCCGUGCUCUAG